UCUCUCCCGUACAGUUACUGAUGAGGUACUGGCAGCCGGUACGAGAUGGUCCCACUCUCUGGAAUGCCCACACGGAACCCUGGGACACCUGGAUUCCACUCAUCUGCUUCAUCCUCCACUUUGUUGCUUGGCUGAUCAUCUUUAGCAUCAUUCUCAUCUUCGACUAUGCUGAACUGAUGGGGAUCAAACAGGUUUAUUACCACUGCCUGGGCAUGGGGGAUCCGUUGGCCGUGAAAUCCUCAAACGCCGUCCGUCUCUAUGCCCACCUUCGCCACCCUGUGUACCUGGAGUUCCUUCUCCUCCUCUGGGGCGUCCCCUGCCUCUCUCUCGACCGCCUGCUCCUUGCCUUGCUCUUCACAGCCUACCUGACCUGUGCCCACAGCCUGGAUCACCGAGACUACCUCUACCUCCGAGCGCAGCUUGACAAGAAGUUUCAGGUCUUCUCCAGAGAGGAGGCGGCUUAUGGCAACCUACUGGCUCAAAAUGGGCCCCCGGCCUACAAGGAGAACUGAAGAAAGGUCCCAAUAGGGUGACAGUUCUGGCUUGUCAGGCCAUGGCAGACUGGUCCCCUUGCUCUCUCCUGUGCUAAAGCACGGAAUGAUGCAAUGUAUUCAAUCUUCCUUUGUUCUUUAUGCACUGAAGCUUGAGCGGCUUACCAAAAGAACUCAGGAGUUCUGGCUUCCGGCACCCCCGCUUUGCUUUGCCUUGCAGCAGCACCUGCACAGAAUUGUAACUUACAGCACAGAAUCCACUAGGUCAGAGUCCUCUGUAGGGUAGAUUGAAGCUCGGGAUGUUUACUUUGUCUCCCAAAUUUGGGACAAGGAACAGUAUGUAGAGGGUUAGAAUUGUGUAUUCACACUGCAGAAUUUUGUUCCCAGCUGUAGGAAGAAGAGCUGGACAGCAUCUGCACAGUGUUGCCAGUAUUUUUUUCCUCGAAGGUUCCUGUAUCUUUAACAGCUGCAUGCCAGGCUGGAAUUGUACAGGCAACACUGUACAUCCUUGAGAAAGCUGUAUCGGUAAGAUUUCUGCCUGUCGCAGAUGUUAAGGCACCGGAGCUCUGCCAAUACAAGAGCUGGCAACCCCGUGUUUUCCAGUUCUUUAAUAUUAUUCUUUGUGCCUACGUUCAUUAUUAUUUUUAAAGCUCUGUAACAGAGAUUGUGCCAAGAGGAUUUUAAAGUAUUAUGUUUUAACUUCACUACUGAGUAAGAAUUGUUCCUAAAUGGUAGGAGCCUUGGGAAUUUGUGAAAUGGCCCGUGAGGGGUUUUUUAGACAUUCGUGUUCUUCUGGGAUAAAAUCUCCAAGACCUUGAUUAAUCUCCUGUCCUCGUGUGUGUUUUUCCUCUGAGUCACUUCCUUCCUAGCUAUACCAAUGGCAGCAUUGACUCAGAAGCUGGUGUAUCACAAGGGAAAGUGGUUUCCAAAGGGCAAAUGUCCCAGUUCUAUCUGGACUGGGAAUGAGAGAUCCCUUAAACCAUAGGUGUCAAACUCGCGGCCUUCCAGAUGUUAUGGACUCCAGUUCCCAUCAGCCCCUGCCAGCAUCGUGCUGGCAGGGGAUGAUGGGAACUGUAGUCCAUAACAUCUGGAGGGCUGCGAGUUUGACACCAGUGCCUUAAACCCUUUUCAUAGGAAUUAAUUGAAAAAAACCCUCUCUUCUUCAAAACAAUUGGAAACAUCCACUGAUUUCUGUAAGCUUUGGAUCGAUUUUAAAUUGACAUUUUGUGUGUUCUUUUGGUCCAGAGGUCCAUUGUUUGCGAUCAUAGGCUUUUAAAAUUGGAAAUCAGCGUUUCUAGGUUUGACGGUUAGAUCUGGGGGUGGAAGGGCUGUCGCUGUCCGUCCUGCAAACAGAGCUCUGAAAUAAGAGAACGCUCUUCGGUUCAAGAAUGUCCCCUUCUUGCUAAAUGGGUGCUACCUUUCUGAUUAGGGUUGACGCCAUCCUAGAGGAUGUGGGGAGAGGCUAGCAUUCCUAGAGUUCAUAAUCGCAUACUUGGGUAGGGUCACCAGGUCCAGAUCCUAAGAGGUGCCUUGUAUCUCCAAAGUGAGAAUCCCGCCAGACUCAGCAUCACAGAAAGCAUUCCUAGUGGAAACGUUUGCUCCAGGUGUCAUCCUGUCUUCUAUACAAUUUCUAAACAUGCAGGUGUGCUUGCAAGGUCUGAAUCUGACAACUUUUAAUAUGGAUGGAAUCUGAGCAUUAUAAUGCCUGCAGCUGGCAUUGAACCAGGAAUCUAGCUUUAUUUUUGUAAUGCAAUGCCUUGAAAACCCAGCCGCUUGCUUCGCGUGCUUGCCUGACUUUUUCCUUGGUGUAAUUUUUAUAUAUGUUGAUGGAAUAUUUUUUAAUUGUGGAUUUCUGCACGGUGCGAGAAAACAGUUUUUUAAAAAGUCGUCUACAACAA